AAAAAAUUAAAAAGUUAAAUGGCGGCUAACUUCAGUGUCUUAAAAAGUUGAUAGUACAGAGUUGACUGAUUGGUGAUAAAUUGUCUGUUUAAUUUGAGAUUUUUUGUAAAAGAAGAUGGUGAUUGGAUGACAGUAACAGAGAAUUUGAAUGAUGGACCAAUAGGAGUAAUUUGUUGGCAAAUUAAUGUUGGACAAAGCACGAAGCACGUGUUCUUCUUCAUUUGAUUUUAAGAUCCGCUAGCAGGAGUUGCUAAGGGAUAUUUGUAUCUGUUGACGUGAUAUUAGUUUUGAAAUAAUUAUAAUUACUGACAUAUAAUGAGUAACAGUGAUUAUUAUCCUCACCCGAAUACCAAUGCUGAUAUUUAUAGAAAUAUGACAGCUGCUGAUAGACCACCUGUUCCGGACAAACAUAUACAAUUUAUAGUAGUAAAUGAUGACAAAACUAUUGUCGGUGCCAGUAGUUUGACGGAUCGCUACUGGAGUGGAACCGUUUGGUAUUUCAAUGGCCCGACGAGCUACGACAAAAAUGACGCUUACGCUGUCACGAGAACAGAGAGCGGUGUCUGUGACGCUGUUUUUUUAGAUAAUUAUAAAUUUUUAAUUGCUGAAGACAGCGGUGUUCUGCAGGUACUUGAAGUCGUUAAAGCUCCUGAAACUCUUGCUCCUGUACUGCAGUGCUCUGGUUACGUAUGUCAGCAUGAUGACAGUAUUACUUCCUUGGCUGUUUUUGAUAACAAAACUCAUUUUGUUACGAGUUCAAUGGACUGCUGUAUAAAAGUAUGGCAAAUAUCUGAUCUAUUAGCUGAAUAUUCAUAUUUAAAUGCGCAUACUAGUACAAUAACUUGCGUUGAUGUAAUGCCUAAGAAUGAUUGGAUAUUUGGAUCAACUUCGUUGGAUUGUCAAGCAUUCAUUUGGGAUUUAAGACAAUCCAAACCUGCUACAUGUUUACAUAAAAAAGAAGGAAACGGUUUGACAGCAUUAACUUGGGAUAAAAGUAGCGAAAAUAUUGUAGCCAUUGGUUCACAAAGCGGAAGCGUUACUUUAAUUGACGUUCGCUCGCCUGACAAUGUCAUCUGUGAGACUCAAAUCUUCCCGCGACCAGUUCAUAGACUUAAAUAUCAUCCUGAAAAAAAUAAUUGGCUUGCUGGAUGCUGCGAUGACACGGUUGUUAAAGUGCUGGACCCAACAAAACAUUUGAGUUUAGUUUACCAAGACGACCGGCACAAAGAUUUUGUCCGUGGCCUCGCGUGGCUGCAAGACGAAUUAUUAACUUGCUCAUGGGAUGACACAAUAUUGAAACACACGGUUUUAUCUGCUGAUCAAUAAAUUUUAAAUAAUUAUAUUCGCACUCGGUGACUUGAUAUAAAUAAUAUAUCCGGUUAUCACUUGAUAAAAGUACGAGUAUGUAAUUCUUUAAUCUGGGUUGUGAAGUAAUUUAAAUAGCAUUACAAUUAUCUGUUUCUCUUUUUAAAACAAUAAUAUAUUAAUUAACUCCAUUUUAUCUCUUAAAUAAUUUACGUAAAUAUUAAAAAUUUUAAAUAGUCUACUUAAACAGUUUAAAUAAAUAUUUCGAAGAUGUAAUCUCAUGCUUAUUAAAAAUACUUAAUAAGUUAAAAAAUAUUUAUUGAAUUAAUUAUAAAAUAAUUAAUUACACUGUAGCAUUAAAAAAUAUUAAAGCCGUUACCAAAAGCAAUUACUCACAACUCAAGUUUCCAGUACUUUAAUUAAAUUUAAUCUUUAUACUUUUUUUUUUUACAAAUGCUUUUUAUAAUUUUUAAAAAUCCAUUCCCGAUAAUAAAUUUAUUUUUAAGA